GCCUCAGUGGCUUAUUAAUAAAAAAGAUCCAAUUUUCUUUUGAAUUUCACAAGAUCUCACUCCCUUUCACAUCACACACCAAGAUCCUCUCUUUCUCUUUCUCUUCUUCUUCUUUCAGAGGUUUUAGGUUUUUGCAAAGUGAAGAACAAAAAUGCUCAGUUUCAGCAAAAUCAUCAUCACCUUAAUCAUCUUCGUGUUGUUCCAUUGGAACUACUGCGAUGCCCACAUUUUCACCUUCACGAUGCACCACCGUUACUCCGAACCUGUCAAGAAAUGGUCCCUCUCCGCACCCUCUCCUUCUCAUCGAUGGCCGGAAAAAGGAACCGUCGAAUACUACGCCGAGUUAGCUGACCGUGACCGCUUCCUCCGCGGCCGCAGACUCUCCCAAUUCGACGCUGGUCUUGCCUUCUCCGACGGAAAUUCCACCUUCCGUAUCAGCUCCCUCGGAUUUUUACAUUAUACAACAGUUGAGCUAGGGACACCUGGAGUGAAGUUCAUGGUGGCACUUGAUACAGGAAGUGACCUCUUUUGGGUACCCUGUGAUUGCACAAGAUGUGCAGCUACUGAUAGUUCUGCAUUUUCUGCCUUGGCUUCAGAUUUUGACCUUAGUGUUUAUAAUCCUAAUGGUUCUUCAACAAGUAAAAAGGUCACUUGUAACAAUAGUCUCUGCACGCAUCGCAAUCAAUGCCUUGGGACAUUUAGCAACUGCCCUUACAUGGUAUCUUACGUCUCUGCUGAAACCUCUACGUCUGGAAUACUAGUGGAGGACGUUCUGCACUUAACCCAAGAAGAUGAUCAUCGUGACCUUGUUGAGGCAAAUGUUGUAUUUGGAUGCGGACAAGUUCAGAGUGGAUCGUUCUUAGAUGUUGCUGCUCCAAAUGGUUUGUUUGGACUUGGUAUGGAGAAAAUAUCAGUUCCCAGCGUGUUAUCGAGGGAAGGCUUUACAGCAGAUUCGUUCUCCAUGUGUUUUGGACGAGAUGGCGUUGGAAGAAUAAGUUUUGGAGACAAAGGAAGUCUUGAUCAAAACGAGACUCCAUUUAAUAUGAACCCAUCACACCCUACCUAUAACAUCACAGUCAAUCAAGUCCGUGUAGGAACAACUCUAAUCGACGUGGAAUUCACUGCUCUUUUUGAUUCUGGAACCUCUUUUACAUAUUUGGUUGAUCCAACCUAUUCAAGGCUAUCUGAGAGUUUUCAUUCCCAAGUGGAAGAUAGGCGACGUCCAUUCGAUUCAAGGAUCCCUUUUGAAUAUUGUUAUGAUAUGAGUCCUGAUGCAAAUACUAGCCUGAUACCUAGCAUGAGUUUAACAAUGGGAGGUGGAAGCCGUUUUUCUGUUUAUGAUCCAAUAAUUAUCAUCUCUACGCAGAGUGAACUUGUAUAUUGUCUAGCAGUGGUCAAGAGUGCUGAGCUGAACAUAAUUGGACAGAACUUCAUGACUGGUUACCGUGUUGUUUUUGACCGGGAAAAGCUCACAUUGGGAUGGAAGAAAUCUGAUUGUUAUGACAUUGAGGAUCAUAACAAUGUUGUCCCAGCAAGACCACACUCAGACACUGUGCCUCCCGCAGUCGCUGCCGGGCUUGGCCAUUACCCUGCCCCUGAUUCAAGUAAAAAUUCCAAAUACAAAUCUCAACAGUCAAAAGCAUCACCGUCGAUGCUGCUUAAUAGCCACACUUUGCUUCUGACUAGCUUUGGAUUUCUAAUUUCUUGUAUUUGGUUUUAUUUAUAUGUUGUAUGAUCAUUCAUUUGCAUGGGCCUUUGACAGUAUAUGAUAAAUUCAGCUCAUAUAAUGUUCUACAUGUUGAUAUUAGAGCAGCAUUCAUUUCCCUGCUCUAUAGUUUAGAAAGUGUGUAGUUUAGUUGUGUAGAAAGUGUGUAAGAUUUUUUCUCUCAUACAAUAGUGUAAAUGUCAUCUCUAAGUUUUCCUUACUACAUUAUAACACUUUUAGCCUCACUGUUUAUAUUUAAUAAACCCAAUCAUUUUUCACCUUAA